UUCUUGAAGGAACAGGGAGGCUACUGGGUCAGUGCAUUUCUCUCUCAAGUGGGAAGGGUUUGCAUUCUUAUGUUAACUGCACACUGGAGUCUUGUCCAUUUAAGGUAAUAAUAAAAUCAUCCUAAGGAAGCCUAACAGUAGCUUUUGGGCAGUAGCAUCUGCUUAGCUCCAGUGCCGCCCUUUAAGAAGGAACCACGGUGCACAGCAAGCUCUGCUCACUUUCUCCUCCCUCCCAGCUCCUGACCCCUGGACAUGCCUCCUCUUGAGUCUUGAGUUUUGUCAGAAUGUACAGCCUAUGUCAUCUUGCUUAGCCUGCCCCAGGAAGAGCAGCUGUUGAGGGAGGAUGGCUCCCAGCAGCUGCCCAAUGGAGACCAGGAGGCCUGUGCUGCCAACAUGUCUAUUAGGGCAGUGAGAAGGUAUUGUUGACAUGCACUAGGCUAAAGCAAAAGCUUUGAUGGAUGUGCAUGUGGCCGCUGGGUAGUUUUUAGGCUCAAAAUGCAAGACUUGGCGCCCCCUUGGGUUUCAGUUCUGUGAGUAGAACUCCCAAGCACCAGGGGUAUGGUCUCCCUGUGUGGGUGGCCAGUCUACUGUAAAAUGGGUUCCCAGCAGGGCAAGGACAGGCUGCUCUGUCUUCUACAGGCCUAAGGCAGUGCCCAUGGACUGGGGUCCCCAUAGUCCAUCCCUCUUCCUGCCAUAGAAAUGAAAUCAUGAGGGGUACCCAGACUUGCUUGCCUGUUCAUUCAUUAGUAGUACAUUCAUUAGUUCAUUCAUUCAGUUAGUACAUAUUUGAACAUUGCAAAGUUGAAGGCACUAUGUGAGGUACUUUUGAGGAUACAAAGCUGAUUACAAAGCUGAUCCUAUCUAUCUAUAUGGAAUUUAUGGUCAUGUAAGGGUGCAGAGUCUCGUACAAAGAAGAAAAUGAAAUGAAAUAUAAAGGAAGAAGAGGCUGCCUGAUUCUGUGGCAUUGGAGUUAGAUAGAAAAAUCAGGGGAGGCUGUGCUAUUGGCAGGGAGAGCCAGAGAAAAGGCUUGGAGGUAGGCCAUGGCAUGUAUGGAUGUGUGGGUACCGAGACUUUGGCAAGAGGGAGAGAGGUUAGAAGGAAAGGGGGAAUGAAUGCUUGAGUACUGCUCUCUACCAAGUGACACCCCAGAACUGUCUCAUUCUUCUUUGUGAGGCAAACUCUCUUCUCUCCAGUUUACAGAGGAGGAAGCUGGGGCUUAGGGAGUUAAAGUAACUUGAUUGAGGCCAGGUAACUAUUAUGUUGUAGCAGGAUUUGAACUCAUUGCUGCAACUCCAGGGCCUUUGCUGUCUCCACUGUAACAGAGGAUCCACAGAGGGAUGUGGGGAGAAAGGGUCUUUGGCCUUUUUCUGGUUGCAUAGGCCUGGCAGUCUCAGAGAAGGAAUGUCUGUGGUCCCCAUGGAACCAGGCAUUGAGGCUCUGGGACUUUUGGGCUGGUCUCCAGAGUCCAGGAUGGCUGAGCUGGUUGCUUCCCACCCCUGUCCUAGUAGAGAAGAUCCUGGAAUGAAAUUUGGGACAUGGCCUUGACUGGAUUUUCAUUCCCAAAACCACCCCUAACCUCUCCUCUUUGUGAGAGCCCUCCCUGGCUCCCCUCCCCUGCAUCUCUGACCUCCCCUCGGCCCAUUCAAGCUCAGUCUGCAGAAGGCAGCAUGUUCUGCACUUGUUCCUUUGUUGCUGUGAAACAGGCUCCCGGCACAGUCAGCCUCUGUGUGGGAGGACUGGUGGCUGUCUUCUCAGGCAGGCAUUUGCUGAGAGCAGGCUGCGUGUGAGCCCAGCGUCAAGUAAUUCUGGCUUCCUCGAGUCGACGGUGGUGGACCAGGCUCUGCGAGAGGACUGGCUGUGAAGGAUGAGUUCAGGGUGGGAUGACGGACCGCUUCUGGGACCAGUGGUAUCUCUGGUAUCUCCGCCUGCUCCGGCUGCUGGAUCGAGGGUCUUUUCGGAAUGAUGGUUUGAAAGCUUCUGAUGUCCUUCCCAUCCUAAAGGAAAAAGUGGCCUUCGUGUCUGGGGGCCGUGAUAAGCGAGGUGGACCCAUCCUGACCUUCCCUGCUCGCAGCAAUCAUGACAGAAUAAGACAGGAAGACCUGCGGAAACUUGUAACCUAUUUGGCCAGCGUGCCGAGUGAGGACGUGUGCAAACGUGGCUUUACCGUCAUCAUCGACAUGCGGGGCUCCAAGUGGGACCUCAUCAAGCCACUCCUCAAGACACUGCAGGAAGCCUUUCCAGCCGAGAUCCAUGUGGCCCUCAUCAUCAAGCCCGACAACUUCUGGCAGAAACAGAAGACCAAUUUUGGCAGCUCCAAAUUCAUCUUUGAGACGAGCAUGGUGUCCGUGGAGGGCCUCACGAAGCUGGUGGACCCCUCUCAGCUGACUGAGGAGUUCGAUGGCUCCCUGGACUACAACCAUGAGGAGUGGAUUGAGCUGCGGCUCUCCCUGGAGGAGUUCUUCAACAGCGCUGUGCACCUGCUCUCGCGCCUCGAGGACCUACAGGAGAUGCUUGCACGGAAAGAGUUCCCCGUUGAUGUGGAGGGCUCGCGGCGGCUCAUUGAUGAGCACACACAGCUUAAGAAGAAGGUGCUGAAGGCCCCUGUGGAGGAGCUGGACCGGGAGGGGCAGCGGCUGCUGCAGUGCAUCCGUUGCAGUGAUGGCUUCUCAGGGCGCAACUGCAUCCCGGGCAGCGCUGACUUCCAGAGUCUGGUUCCCAAGAUCACCAGCCUCCUGGACAAGCUGCACUCCACCCGGCAGCACCUGCACCAGAUGUGGCACGUGCGCAAGCUCAAGCUGGACCAGUGCUUCCAGUUGCGGCUCUUCGAGCAGGAUGCUGAGAAGAUGUUCGACUGGAUAAGCCACAACAAGGAGUUAUUCCUCCAAAGCCAUACAGAGAUUGGAGUCAGCUACCAGCACGCCCUAGACCUUCAGACGCAGCACAAUCAUUUCGCCAUGAACUCCAUGAACGCCUAUGUCAACAUCAACCGCAUCAUGUCUGUGGCUUCCCGCCUCUCCGAGGCUGGCCAUUAUGCCUCACAGCAAAUCAAGCAGAUUUCCACACAGCUGGACCAGGAGUGGAAGAGCUUUGCAGCUGCCCUGGAUGAACGCAGCACCAUUCUAGCCAUGUCUGCAGUGUUCCACCAGAAGGCUGAGCAGUUCCUGUCAGGAGUGGAUGCCUGGUGCAAGAUGUGCAGUGAAGGUGGCCUGCCAUCUGAGAUGCAGGACCUGGAGCUGGCAAUCCACCAUCACCAGUCCUUGUAUGAGCAGGUGACCCAGGCCUACACAGAGGUCAGCCAGGAUGGGAAAGCCCUGCUGGAUGUGCUGCAGCGUCCCCUGAGUCCUGGAAACUCUGAGUCCCUCACAGCCACAGCCAACUACUCCAAGGCGGUUCACCAGGUGCUGGACGUGGUACAUGAGGUGCUGCACCACCAGCGGCGGCUUGAGAGCAUCUGGCAGCACCGCAAGGUGCGGCUCCACCAGCGGCUGCAGCUCUGUGUCUUCCAGCAGGACGUCCAGCAGGUAUUAGACUGGAUUGAAAACCAUGGUGAGGCCUUUCUCAGCAAACACACUGGAGUUGGAAAGUCCCUGCAUCGAGCCCGGGCCCUGCAGAAGAGGCAUGAUGACUUUGAAGAGGUGGCUCAGAAUACAUACACCAAUGCGGACAAGCUCCUAGAAGCAGCAGAACAGCUGGCGCAGACCGGGGAAUGUGACCCCGAGGAGAUCUACAAGGCAGCUCGACACCUGGAGGUGCGCAUCCAAGACUUUGUGCGCAGGGUGGAGCAGCGGAAGCUUCUCCUGGAUAUGUCUGUCUCCUUCCACACACACACCAAAGAGCUGUGGACAUGGAUGGAAGACCUUCAGAAGGAGAUGCUGGAGGAUGUCUGUGCAGACUCAGUGGAUGCAGUGCAGGAACUGAUCAAGCAGUUCCAGCAGCAGCAGUCUGCCACCCUGGAUGCCACCCUCAACGUCAUCAAGGAAGGCGAAGACCUUAUCCAGCAGCUCAGGUCAGCGCCUCCCUCCCUGGGGGAGCUCAGCGAGGCCAGGGACUCUGCCGUGUCCAACAACAAGACCCCCCACAGUAGCUCCAUCAGCCACAUUGAGUCAGUUCUGCAGCAGCUGGAUGAUGCCCAGGUGCAGAUGGAGGAGCUGUUCCAUGAGCGGAAGAUCAAGCUGGACAUCUUCCUGCAGCUGCGCAUCUUUGAGCAGUAUACCAUUGAGGUGACAGCAGAGCUAGAUGCCUGGAAUGAGGACUUGCUCCGGCAGAUGAAUGACUUCAACACCGAGGAUCUGACACUGGCAGAGCAGCGGCUGCAGCGCCACACGGAGCGGAAGCUGGCCAUGAACAACAUGACCUUUGAGGUCAUUCAGCAGGGCCAGGAUCUGCACCAGUACAUCAUGGAGGUCCAGGCCUCAGGAAUUGAGUUAAUCUGUGAGAAAGACAUUGAUCUAGCAGCCCAGGUGCAAGAGCUACUGGAGUUUCUCCAUGAGAAGCAGCAUGAAUUAGAGCUCAACGCAGAGCAGACCCACAAGCGGCUUGAGCAGUGCCUCCAGCUGCGGCACCUCCAGGCCGAGGUGAAACAGGUCCUGGGAUGGAUCCGCAAUGGAGAAUCAAUGCUCAAUGCCAGCCUGGUCAAUGCCAGCUCUUUGUCUGAAGCAGAGCAGCUGCAGCGGGAACACGAGCAGUUCCAACUGGCCAUCGAGUCCCUCUUUCAUGCCACUUCCUUGCAGAAGACGCACCAGAGCGCCCUGCAGGUACAACAGAAAGCUGAGGCACUGCUCCAGGCUGGCCACUAUGAUGCCGACGCCAUCCGGGAAUGUGCUGAGAAGGUGGCCCUCCACUGGCAGCAGCUCAUGCUGAAGAUGGAAGACCGGCUAAAGCUGGUCAAUGCCUCUGUGGCCUUUUAUAAGACUUCUGAACAGGUCUGUAGUGUCCUGGAGAGCUUAGAGCAAGAAUACCGGAGAGAUGAGGACUGGUGUGGUGGACGAGAUAAGCUGGGACCAGCCGCAGAAAUCGACCAUGUUAUUCCACUCAUCAGUAAACAUUUGGAACAGAAGGAGGCCUUUCUUAAGGCCUGCACCCUGGCACGACGGAACGCCGAGGUGUUUCUCAAGUACAUCCACAGGAACAAUGUCAGCAUGCCCAGUGCCGCCAGCCACACCCGGGGACCCGAGCAGCAAGUGAAAGCCAUCCUGAGUGAGCUCUUACAGAGGGAGAAUCGCGUCCUGCACUUCUGGACCUUGAAGAAGCGGCGGUUAGACCAGUGCCAGCAAUAUGUGGUAUUUGAGCGCAGCGCUAAGCAGGCACUGGACUGGAUCCAAGAAACAGGUGAAUAUUACCUCUCAACACAUACCUCCACUGGAGAGACCACAGAGGAGACUCAGGAACUGCUGAAAGAAUAUGGGGAAUUCAGGGUGCCUGCCAAGCAAACAAAGGAGAAGGUGAAGCUUCUGAUUCAGCUGGCUGAUAGCUUUGUGGAAAAGGGCCACAUUCAUGCCACAGAGAUCAGGAAAUGGGUGACCACGGUGGACAAACAUUACAGAGAUUUCUCCUUGAGGAUGGGAAAGUACCGUUACUCCCUGGAGAAAGCCCUAGGAGUCAACACAGAGGAUAACAAGGACUUGGAGCUGGACAUCAUCCCAGCAAGCCUUUCAGACCGUGAGGUCAAGCUACGGGACGCCAACCAUGAAGUCAAUGAAGAGAAGCGGAAGUCAGCCCGCAAAAAAGAAUUCAUCAUGGCUGAACUGCUCCAGACAGAGAAGGCUUAUGUAAGGGACUUACAUGAGUGCUUAGAGACCUACCUGUGGGAAAUGACCAGUGGUGUGGAGGAGAUCCCCCCUGGGAUCCUUAAUAAAGAACAUAUCAUCUUUGGCAACAUCCAGGAGAUCUACGAUUUUCAUAACAACAUCUUCCUCAAAGAGCUGGAGAAGUAUGAGCAGCUGCCUGAGGAUGUGGGACACUGCUUUGUUACCUGGGCAGACAAAUUUCAGAUGUAUGUCACCUACUGUAAAAACAAGCCUGAUUCCAACCAGCUGAUCUUGGAGCAUGCAGGCACCUUCUUUGAUGAGAUACAGCAGCGGCAUGGUCUGGCCAACUCGAUCUCUUCCUACCUGAUUAAACCCGUCCAGAGGAUCACCAAGUACCAACUACUCCUGAAGGAACUUUUAACUUGCUGUGAAGAAGGGAAGGGGGAGCUCAAGGAUGGCCUGGAGGUGAUGCUUAGUGUCCCAAAGAAAGCCAAUGAUGCCAUGCAUGUCAGCAUGCUGGAAGGGUUCGACGAGAACCUGGACGUGCAGGGGGAGCUGAUUCUCCAGGAUGCCUUUCAAGUGUGGGACCCCAAGUCGCUGAUCCGGAAAGGGCGGGAGCGCCACUUGUUCCUCUUUGAGAUCUCCUUGGUUUUUAGCAAGGAGAUCAAAGACUCUUCAGGACACACAAAAUAUGUUUACAAGAACAAGCUACUGACCUCAGAGCUGGGUGUGACAGAGCACGUGGAGGGCGAUCCCUGCAAAUUCGCCCUGUGGUCUGGGCGCACCCCCUCCUCAGACAACAAGACAGUGCUGAAGGCCUCCAACAUAGAAACCAAGCAGGAGUGGAUCAAGAACAUACGAGAGGUGAUUCAAGAAAGGAUCAUUCACCUGAAAGGAGCUUUAAAGGAGCCAAUUCAGCUCCCCAAAACACCAGCCAAACAAAGGAACAAUAGCAAGAGGGAUGGAGUAGAAGAUGUUGACAGCCAGGGGGAUGGGAGCAGCCAGCCCGAUACCAUCUCCAUUGCAUCUAGGACCUCUCAGAACACCGUGGACAGUGACAAGGAUGGCAACCUUGCUCCUCGGUGGCAUCUGGGACCUGGAGAUCCUUUCUCCACUUACGUUUAGCGCGCAGCCUGGGACUUGUCCCUGCAGCUCACCCGGUUAGCCGUGCCGCCGUUGGGACCUCCCACCUGGACUCCCAUCGCCCACCUCUCUUGAGACUGCCCUGGCAGGGCUGGUGUGGGGUGCAGCCUUUGCUCAGAGGGUAACAUGUUCCAAGCAAAAUCUGCCCACCUGGGCCAUGGGCUCACCCUGGGGCUCCCUGCUUCUCUACUGGGUGUGAUUCAAGGUUGCCAAGUUCCCCAAAGUCUAAAAUGGUGGACCAGUAGGGACCUGUGAGAGGCUCCAUGACCCAGUGUACUUCCCCCAGCUCCCAGUCUGGAUGUCAGGUACCCCAACUCUCGCUGCCCUAGAGGUCUGCAGUGUGAGUGGAAAGGCUCAUUAGAGGGACACACUUAUCUCUGGAGUUUUUCUCCAGGUUGAGUGUUUCUAUUGUUGGUGGCCCCUAGUCUGGAAAAACCCAUCAUUCUAAUUAAUUUAGCCUGCUCCUCCUCCUCCACAUCGUGAGAAAGAGGGGAAGAGGAAGAAGGAAUGGUUUAUGAUAGAGAAAAGGAGGAUUAACUCUAGCUCUUCCCAAACAUUGGCAACAACCGUGUCCCCAACAAAUGUUUUAUUGCUCCAGCGUUCCCAGGUUUUGUCAAGAUUCGCUAACUCCUCCCUAACCUCACUCACUCCUGAGUCUCUGUUCAAAGACCACCGUCCUAGCCUUCAUUUGCUUCCAGAUACCCUGUUAAGGGGUGGGUGGGAAAUGGGAGAAAAAAUGAAUGAAGCAAACUGGCCACACAUCAAUAAUUGUUGAGACUAGAUGAUGGGUACAUGGGCAUUCAUUAUACCAUUCUCUCCACUUUUGUAUAUGUUUGCAAUUUUUCAUAAUAAAAAGUUAAAAAAUAAAAAAAAGUCCUCCAGCUACCAAGACACUCAAGAGAAAGCCCCGACCCAUAACACAGUUUCCUGGAAGCCCCACACCAAGGCAAGAGGCAAAGAUGAUUCCAUUCCAUAUAUAUAUGUAUACAUAUAUAUAUAUAUAUAUAUAUAUUCAUUUUCUAAUUUUUUAAGUCCCACUGCUUUAUUUUCAGUAGAAUAAACCUUCUUUCUAAGAGGUCCCGAAGUUGGGUUUACUUCCCCAGCUGGGUAUGGGGGAGGGCUGGGUAAAGGGUUCCUUAAAAUCCUGAAAGUUUACACUUCCAUGUAUCUCACAAUCUUAUUGUGAGGAUGGGGCUUGUUCAGUGUUCUGAACUUUGUGGAGGAAAUGCACUCUCAAUUCAGUGUCAUUCUCUGGAAUUGCACCUGGCUCAGGAAAGGACUGUCUUUGUACUUGAAUUUAAAUCCAAUGGAGAACCUUAAUCACGGGCAUUUGCAUGACUGAGAAUUGCUGCUGUCUUUUUUCCAUAUGUCACUUUCUUGAAUGUGUUCUAAUAAAAUGAUUCUAAAGCAG